CGCCUCAGCCUUUCAGAGCACAUAGGACGGCCCGGCCAUGAAGCGGUCGCGUGAGGAAGAGAAUGGAGCUGAGCGCCCAGCAAAGGUACGGCGCGUUUCAAAUAUUGACAGGCUGUCAAGGCUGAGCGACGAGUUGCUGAUACGCAUCUUAAUGUUCUUGCCUGUGUCGUCUCUCUUGACUUCUCAGAGGAUAUCGAAGAAAUACAGUCGCCUCACGGUCGAUUCCGAGCUUUGGAAAGCAGCCUAUUACCACACAUUCGUACGCCCACGCGCAUCCCGCAUACCCGGCCCCAAGAGUCACGAUCGACUACACUACUCGUCACGGUUAUCAAAAUGGCUAGGUGACGGAGCAUUGGUAAAGCAGGGCGCCAACACGAAAUGGAAACAACAGUACCGCUUGCGCCACAAUUGGUCGCAAGGGAAAUGUGCUGUCAGUGAGAUCGUUGUGUCUGAGCAGCCACCAGAGCCACCACUGCUAGUCAUGAUGUCCAACGGUACUAUCUUUGCAGCAGAUUCGAUGAGUGGUCUGAGGGCAUGGAGUCUAAAGGGUGAGCGUGAGCUGCUUGCCUCUAUUUCACUCGGCGUGCCUGCAUCCGAAACCUUGUUGCAACCUGUGUCUAUGGCGAUCGAUUCGAACUCUGGACUUGGAGAUGGCAGGAACGAAACAGUCGUACUGAGCUUUGAAGACGGGUCAUUUUCGAUCUUCGCAUUAUGCCGGGACCGUAAGACCUUCAGCAUUCUGUUUACCCACCCACCUUCGUCGAAUGGAAUGGUGUCAGCGCUGGCAAUGUCAUGGCCAUAUCUUCUUACUAUGACAGAGGAUCACCUUUUGUCUCUUUAUGCCUUUGCUGAAGUGCAAGACACCGCCAUCGUACUUGAGCCUCCGCGACUUCUCUACUCAUUACGGUCUCACACAGCGUGGCCCCCAGUCUCUUUGUCCUUACGCACGACAGCAACAAGUAUGACCGCAGCGAUCGCAUACUCGUUACCCACAUACCUCUCCGGAUGGACAGUUGGUGUUCAAGAGCUAAACCUCUCUCACAAGGGCGAACUACUCGGGUCGCGGCUGGCCACUGCAGCCGACGAGCAUUCAUUUACACUCUCAACUUACCGAUCUUCCUCGUCGCUGUCUAGUCGUUCUUCUUCCCCUGGCACUUCGCGUGAGCCAUCGCUAUUAAGCCCGCCGAGGAAUUCCAAACCGACGUCAAUGUCAUAUUCCCAUCCAUAUCUCCUUGUCGCCCAUCCGGACAACACUCUUUCCCUCUAUCUUGUGAAGUCCACCGACUCUACGCUGUCCAUAAGCUCGGGUAAUCGCCUCUGGGGCCACACGUCCGCUAUCUCGGGUGCGCAUGUAGGGAUGCGUGGCAAGGCCGUUUCCGUCAGCAGAUUUGGCGACGAAUUGCGCGUCUGGGAUCUAGAAGGCGGCACAGCCUCUUUCGCAAACCGACGACGGUUUCGAGAUGGAAAGCUGAGUGUUAGAGUGCAGCCAUCGAGAGCUACGGGCAAACUACAAGACAGCCAUGAUGAGGGUGUUGAAAGUACUUCUGGGCUAAAAUUUGCGCUGGAUCAAAAGUUCGACGACUCUAGUGUGAACCGGGGCUGGGUAGGAUUUGAUGAGCACAACGUGCUUGUGCUGAAGGAGAAGAAAGAAGGAGGCCAAGCGCUGGUCGUGUACGACUUCACCUAGAAUUCAAGAGUGAAACAUGUCUGAGCUCGCCUGGAAGACUACCAAUUGUGGAUGCAAACACUUUUUUCGACUUAUAAGCAAUACACACUUUGUAAGAGACCUUGCUCGAGCUAGCUGUAUGGGCAUUGCAAUCAAUUGCCGACGCGGGUGUCGGGUUUUUCCACUUCUCCUCGUCGACGCGUAUGUAUCAUCAAUCAAUCCCUAUCUUCUCUAUAUGUUCACACAG